AAUCUGCAAUGACGGGCUUGUUUAUAAUUUUAGAUUUGACAGUGGCCAGCCACGCUAUUACUGUUGUGAGGUGUGUAAAAAAAUUAAAAAUAAAAAAAUGGCAGAGGAAUUUUGCCCAAAGGUAAAACCUGUGAACAAGAAUGAGGUAAACCUUGAUUAUGAAGAGAAAUUACGUCUUGUUGAAGAAGAAGCACAAAGCUUGUAUUUGUUUUGCAUGAAGAAAGGUUUUACUGAGGAAGAAAUCUCCACCUGUGUUUCUAAACUUCGAGGUCCAGAGAAACCAAAACUGCGAAAGAUUGCCACUGACUCAACUUCUUCAUGUCUCCGUUUAUCAUUGGUCAUAGCUUUGGUUACUGCUUUGUGGAUGACCCCAACAGGGUAUAAUAUGCUUGCAGUGCAUGCAAAGUUGUUUUCAAUAAAAGUUAUCUUGCCAUACUGGGAUUGGGCAAGCCUUUAUCAAGAGGAAUGUUUGAUAAACAAUCCAUGGCUACCUGCUGAAAAUACAACAAUUGAUGCUGAGUUUUGCAAGUAUUGUACUAACAUGGUAAAGUAUGGUAACAAUAAAGUUGAUCGAUUAAAUAACACAAAAGGAGCCGAAAUUAUGAAACAUUACAUUCAAAACAGUCAGCCUGUUGUUGUGACGGACACAACAAAAGACUGGGGAUCUAAAAAGCGUAUUGCAUUGGAUGUGAUUGCAAAUCUUUAUCAGACUGAUAAAUUCCUGUCAACUGUCAUGGGCAGUUGUAAUUAUUCAACAAAUGUUGGAUUCAAUGAAACAUUUUAUGACUUCAUAACAGCAUAUGUUGAUGGAAAACUUCCCAAGUUAUGGCACGCAAAUUGGCAAAACUGUGAAAAUAAAGCUGGAAAAAUAUUUCGACAAUUCUACACCAGACCUUACUUCCUUCCUGAUAUGGCCCAGGCUGGUACUGAAAACAGUGUCAUAGCUUCAUUCGGACAACAUCCCGAAGAAUACUUUUCAGUUCCGAUUAAUACCCAGUCGUCUGGUCACUGGAUAACAGUUGUCACCGGCAGUUUAAAAUUUUUUCUCGCGCCAAAUGAAGGAUGCAUGGACCUAUUUAAAUGCAAAAUUUUGGAAGUAAUGGUAUACCCUGGUGAAACAGUUUUCUUCACUGAGGGUGAUUGGGACCAUUCAUACACACCAACGGAUGACAAAUUGACAUUAGCGAUAUCAUCGUCUGUUCUUUGGGACGAGAUCUAAUCCAGUUUCCUUGGUUUCCCGUGUGAUGGCAGAUUUUUUAUUAUCAUAAUUUUUUUUCAUCUUCAAUUGCAGUCAUUUCGGACUUUUUCAGUAAUUAUGUGGAGCAAAGCAUGAGUGUUUCUGUUACAUUUAUUCGUUGUAAUAUAUUUGAAUGGUGUCGUGUUUUUUACUACUAUUUUGCUACUAUUUUUCAUAUGUAUUAGUACAUGAAUAAAAUGUUUUGGAUUACA